AUGCCGCUGUGGAGAACGAAGUCAAACCACAGCCAAGCCGAGAGCGAUCCCGCCACCACCGCUGCCGAUCCCAAGAACGAUCCCGUUGCGUCGGCAUCCCAGGCUGCGAGCGAUGCCUGGCUCGCUGGGCAUUUGAAUCACCUUACCGGGGAGCAGGAUGGGAAGUUGACAGAGUUCAAGGCCUUCUGUGAGAAGGAGGGGUACUAUAAGCCUGGGGGUGAGGGGGAGAAGCCGAGCCAUGAUGACGCGACGAUGCUGCGAUUUCUGCGCGCGCGGAAAUUCGACGUGAACGGUGCUUGGGGUCAGUUCAAGGAUACGGAGGACUGGCGCAAGGAGAACGCCAUUGAGGCACUAUACGAGAACAUCGACGUGGAUUCUUACGAAGCCGCUAGAAGGAUGUAUCCGCAAUGGACCGGCCGUCGAGACCGCCGCGGUAUCCCGGUGUACGUGUUUGAGAUCAAGCAUCUGAACAGCAAGAACAUGGCAACAUACAACGCUACUAUGACCGAUCCGGAGGCGACGGCGGAAACGCACAAGUCCUCGGCUGUCCCUCAGCGUCUCCUGCGCUUGUUCGCGCUAUACGAGAACCUUCUUAACUUCGUCAUGCCGCUCUGCUCAAAACUGUCCCGCCCGAACCCGGAGACACCCAUUGUAUCUUCGACGAAUAUCGUGGAUGUCAGCGGUGUCGGAUUGAAGCAGUUCUGGAACCUUAAAGGACACAUGCAGGACGCCAGUGUUCUCGCAACGGCCCACUACCCGGAGACUUUGGACCGCAUUUUUAUCAUCGGUGCUCCCGCUUUCUUUCCGACCGUCUGGGGCUGGAUCAAGCGUUGGUUCGAUCCUGUCACCACUUCCAAGAUCUUCAUCCUCUCUGCCUCAGAAGUCCUUCCCACCCUCAGCUCCUUCAUGGAGCCCUCCAGCAUCCCCAAGCAAUAUGGCGGUGAGCUCGAAUGGCAAUGGGGUGACAUGCCUUACCUCGACGAGCCGGCUCGCGAGUUUAUCGGUGCCCUUGAAACCGCACCCACGGAAGGCCAAACCAAGCCAGGUUUCAUCAAAGGCCCGGUCCUCUUCAAGGGCGACAGAAUCGAGAUUCUUGGCAAGGAGAACGGAAAGAGCAGAGAGACCACCAUCCCUGUGCCCGAGUCUAAGCUUGCACAGGGAAACGGCGCUUCGGCCCAGCCUGAAAAGAAAGAAACAGAACAGCAUCAAGCUGCGGAUGAUGUGCAGCUAAUCUCCGAGAAGGUGGCUGAAAACGAUGAAGCAACGACCACUCCUGUUCCUGCCCAGCCUGCUGCUUGA